AUGACGGUUCCAUUCCUCAACCUGAAGCGUCCACCCAACAACCGACAGCAGAUAUCGCCCCUAGAUUCCACCACCUUCUUUCUGUCCCAGACGCAGUGUCCACGACAGACGCUAAAAGAGCCAACACAACCUCGACUCUACCGAGGACACUCGCCGCACGAACAAAAGUUGCCAUUCCUCGUCAACGGGCUGCAUCUACUCCGCGGUACAAUCGACGAGUGCCUCGCGCUUGUUCAUCCUGCAGGCAGCGCAAGACAAAAUGCAGUGGCGAUACCCCGAAAAAUUGAAAGUCUCUCGGAGAAAACACAAGAGUAUGAGAAUCUGUUGAAGGACCUGGUGGGUGUUGUUGACCUGGGUGCCGCCGAGCGGAUCAGGAGCUUGCUGGACAAGCAUGUCCCGGAGGUGGAUUACUCUUCGCAUAAUUCCCAAUCUCAAUCAGUAACCCCUCAGGAUGACCUUCCGAUAAACGACGAACCAUCCUCGCCUUCAUCUAUUGGGUCCCUUGAGGCGAUUGAUCGAGUAGAAGAGGACAUCAAUCGAUCAGGAGAUGCCAGAGCAACUGGUUACAUGGGUAAAAACUCAGAAAUUACUUGGAUGCAGCGGUUACAGAGGGAGGCAGACCAACGUUCCAAAGGUCUUCCUGGGAGUCUAGAACCUGGCCAAGAUCGAAAGACCGACAAUGCAUUAGCUCUGCAUGCGGUCAAUUAUCAUCUUGAUGACUUGGAGAUCACUGUCCCCGGACCGGUACAUCUGUAUGCCAUGCCUCCGAGAGAGGUGGCGGAUCGCAUGUUCGAGGCAUAUUUGACAACCGUGCAUCCGUUCUUUCCCAUCAUCAACAAACCUCUUUUCUCAGCACAGUACCGAACAUUCUUUGACACCGCUGCUCAACCCGGUGACAAGUGGCUUGCUAUAUUGAACAUGAUAUUCGCAAUUGGGGCUAAACAUGGCCACCUCAUCGACGCACCAUGGCGUGGGGACGUGAAAGACCACUUGGUAUAUCUGACCAGAGCUAGGAUCCUUAGUAUGAACGGCGAUGUCCUGUUCAGCCAUCCCGAUCUCCAGCAAGUCCAGGUGGAGGCCUUAGUUGCUUUCUACCUUCUUGCUUCUGAUCAAAUUAACAGGGCGUGGAGAAUCUCGGCUUUGGCAGUGCGGUCUGCAAUCACACUUGGAAUCAACAUGAAAAGCAGCAGUCCAACCACACCAAAUCUUUCGAAAGAAGCCCGUUACCGGGUAUGGUGGUGUCUGUAUACAUUUGAGCACAUGCUCGGAGUAAUGACUGGCCGGGCAACCUGUAUCCAAGAUGGAGUGUGCACCUCGCCUUUCCCGAUUCCAUUCGAAGAAGAUCAGCUACAGGAGCCUGGUGCCCUCGAAGUACUCACUGACACGACACUACGAGACCAACGAAUCAACAAUGUUAUGGCAAGUACGCACAUCAGACAAAUGCCGUUCCACCCGAUAAAUGGCAAGGACGCCAAUAACCGCUCCGGUGCACGAGACACUAAGUGGAUAAAAAGCCUGCCUGUCAACUACGGGCUCUGUUAUCUCUACUAUUGCGACUUGACAGUCGUCGUGCAAGAAAUCAUCAACAAAGUCUAUUCAGUGGACUGUGUGAUGGUGCCCUGGGCACAAAUCGAGACUCGAAUUGGUCAACUCAAGUCCCGAAUCGAGAUAUGGAAAUCUAACCUUCCAACUGGACUUGACUUCACAAUCAAGGAAGAGAAUGGACCGGAUAUCCUUCGCUGCAAGCUGAACUUGGCGUUGCAUUACUAUAGUGCGCAGAUCACCCUAGGUCGUCCCUGCCUCUGCCGACGUGAUGCGCGCCAAAAGGGCAACAACCCCUCUUUCAGCCACGAAAUGGCAGUGUUAACCCUGAAGUCUGCACGGCACAUGCUAGACUUGAUCCCAGAUGAACCGGAUGCUCUCCAGCUGUACGGGAUUGCUCCAUGGUGGUGCAUCCUCCACUAUCUCAUGCAAGCAGCGACCGUUCUUCUCCUCGAGCUGUCCUUCGGUACCGUCCACAUGCCAGAAGAGGAAAGUAACUUUGUCGUCCUAUCCAAGAAAGCAAUCCGUUGGCUCUUCGCAAUGUCCGAGCAGAGCAUCGCCUCCCGACGCGCCUGGCAGCUCUGCGACCUCAGUCUCCGCAAACUCGCCCUGGGCAUGAAAUACGACCUCAGCGAUCUUCCUUCUUACCCGUACACCCCAGAACCUACAAGCACCAUCAGUUCCGAACUGCCGUCUGACCAGCCAAUAUCUCAUACCGCUGGCGACUACUGGGGACCGCAGAUGGAAUAUCCUCCAGCGUCUAUUCCGGAUGCACCACCACCCGGUGUAGACCACCAGACAGACCCAAACAUCUCUACCGAGGACCUGGUCGAAUCCUUGACGGCCGAGGCGUACGAGUCGUACUUCCCUUAUGAUCCCAUCUCUGGAGAGUUUAUGCGUUCUUUCUUUCCUCAUUCCAAUGAGAAUGAGAACUGGGAAUGA